UUACGUGAAUGCAGCAAGUCAAGGAAUAUAGAGUGAGUGUCAGAAGUUUCAUAAGGCUCUUCAUCAUGGCGAGUCAGUCGAUGGAGAUCAUGGCCAAGGCGCUGGAGCAGCAGGUGCUGCAGUCAGCCAGGAUGGUGGAGGAGCAGCUGGAUGCAGAGCUGGGGAAGCUGGAGCGCAUGGAUGACGAUGAGAUGGAAAAGCUGAAGGAGAGGAGGAUGGAGGCCCUCAAGAAAUCCCAGAAACAAAAGCAGGAGUGGCUGGGUAAAGGUCACGGGGAGUACAAGGAGAUUCCCAGUGAGAAAGACUUCUUCCCUGAGGUGAAGGAGAGCAAUCGAGUGGUCUGCCAUUUCUACAGAGACUCCACCUUCAGAUGCAAGAUCCUGGAUAAGCACCUUAGCGUCCUGGCCAAGAAGCACCUGGAGACCAAGUUCAUCAAGCUGAAUGUGGACAAGGCUCCAUUCCUGACAGAUAGGCUGCGGAUCAAGGUGAUUCCCACGCUGGCGCUGGUAAAGGAUGGGAAGACCAAGGACUACAUAGUGGGUUUCACAGACCUAGGAAACACAGACGAGUUCCCCACAGAGGUGCUGGAGUGGAGACUGGGCUGCUCUGACAUCAUCAACUACAGUGGUAACCUCAUGGAGCCCCCCACCCUGACACAGAAAUCUGGUUCGAAGUUCAUCAAAGUGGAGAAGAAGACCAUCAGGGGAGGACACAACUCAGACUCUGAAGACGACUAGAAGACCCUGUCAGCCAUCAACUUCCGUCUCUCUCGCUGGGCUACUAACCGGCAGAACCAUCUCUUCCUGUUUUGUUCCUUUCCCAUGUUUAUCAUUUUCCUAUUUAUCCCAGUCUUCCAUGGUUUGUUUUGUGUGUGUGUGUGGACUUAA